AGCAACCCAGAUCCCGCGUUUGUGUGUGUGAGAGAGUGUGAAGAAGAGAUAGCCCACCUACACCUGGAUUAUCACUCACGGAACAAACUAGCAACAUUUCUGGACAGACACACAGCAUACUCUUGCAGAAGUCGUAGAGGAACAUUUUUAUGUUUUGUUUUUGGAAUUUUGUUUUGUUGUUGUUUUUUUAAGUCAAACACUUAAGAACAUAUCUGCAUCUUGAGACAAGUAAGGUUAAUUCAGUGAAAGCAUAUCAUGGGUUGGCCACUUCAGGUUUUAUAAUCUUCAAUCCAAUUCGGACCAAACGUUAAAAGACGCACCGUGGCCCUGUGGGGACCCUGACGACGUUCCUUGAGAGAAGCUGAAGAUUGACUGGCCAUGUCUUUCUGGGUGAUCUUACCCAUCAGUUUACCUGUCUUCACCAUCACAGGAAUUUGGGUGGUAUACGCCAUGGCUCUGUACAACCAGCAUGUCUGCCCAGUAAGCAACUGGUUUUAUAACCAGUCCUGUGAGCAGCCCCUGCACUUACAGACUGAUCCAGUACUCUGCUGUACGCUGGAUAAUGUACCACUCAUCAGUAAGUGUGGAGCUCUUCCACCUGAGAGCUGUUUGUUCAGUCUGAUCUGCAGCACUGGCUCCUUCAUGGUGAUGCUGAUAAGUCUGCUGCGGUACGCCCAUGUGAUCGACAAGCACCAGAACUGCAUACUCAACACAGCCGGUCUCUCCACUGGCUGGAUGUGUGCCACAGGCCUCAUCAUGGUGGGCCACUUCCAGGUGGACUAUGCUAAAAUCCUGCACUAUGUGGGUGCAGGUGUGGCGUUCCCCACCAGCAUGCUGUUUGUGGGAGUCCAGACGGCACUGACCUACCGGCUGGCCAAGGCCCAGGCAGACUAUCACAUCGCCCACAUGAGACUCACUCUAGCACUGCUGGCCUUCGUCUCUCUAGUGCUCAGUGGUGUAUUCUUCGUCCAGGAGAGCUACGUGCUCCAGCACGCUUCCGCCAUCUUUGAGUGGAUCUUCGCCAUCAUCAUCAUGAUCUUCUACGGCUCCUUCGCCUUCGAGUUUGACAGCGUGUCUAGUGACACCAUCAUGGUUCUGGUGCAGGGUGGUUCUAGCAGAGGAGAUUCUAGCCUGUCGGUGAUAGAGAACAAAGCAUCCAUGAUGAAUGGAGGAUCUAUGCACCUGUCUCCUGAGGGCGUCGCCAUGCUGUAGAACACCCAACCAUUGUGAGGUCACAAGGGCCUUGACCAGUCACAUGACAGCAAAGAAAGAAGGAUAGAAGAAUAAGAGCCAAUCAAGUGGUAACUGACAUUCAGGUUGUCCAGAGAUUGUCUGACCCAUCAGGGCGAUAUAGGGAGAUAUUGGUGAUAACGUUCCUGGACGCCAUGGCUUUUCCGCUGGACACAUGGUCAAGACAUAUUUCUUUCUCAGGAGUUGUCUCUUGCAUGCCAGACAAAGGCUCACCCACAAGGGCAUUGGACCCACAGCACAGUAUGUGAGAUGCCGUACUGUUGCAUUUUGUUCUCCCCAGUAAAAUCUCCAUAGGAGUGCUGAGCUAAUAACCUCAGUGGAACAGAUGUGCGUGUGAGAGCCUUAAACACACAAAAUGUAUAUGACCUUUACAUGACCUUGUACGAAGAAAAUGCAAACACAGAUGUGCCAAAGUGCCUUGGGAGAUCAAGCUUGAAAGGGAAAAGACCAAAGUGCUACACUACAAUUGCCUAUUGCUUUAACAACCAAAAUAUUCUCAAACACAGUUUAUUAUACCUCUUCAUUCUUUAUCAUUAUGUUAUCCUGGGAUUUCCUGAAUAUACUGUAUGCAUCUGUUAAUGCAUUAUUGUCUGUUCAUAACAGAUUUUGAUUAUAUAAUUUAUUAAAUUACUGGAUAAUGCAUAUUAAAUGUGAGGGGAUGAAGGACUCAACCAUAAUAUGCCCCAAGAAUGCUAUAAAGAACUGGUUGAGUUGUUUUUGUUUCUUUUUUUUUUUUUUUUUUAAUUUUAUACAGAUUAUUUUAUCCAAAAGAGUUCUGACAUAUCUGCCAAUUGCUGCACAGCAGGUCUAGAUAUCAUAAAAGUCAAUACAAAAAUGUAGACCUAUCCUAUGAUAUAUUCAGACCUUCAGGUAUUUGAGAUGUUUUUGAGCAUCACGUUUUAGUGUUUUCUCAUACCAGAACUGGACCAGACAUGGUCGUGUCCAAUCUGAGUCAGAUUUACUACAUUCUUAAAACAAAUAUGUUGUUCCUAUCUUGUUCCUACACAGAUGUGUUAAAAAACAAUUCAAGUUGUGGUUUUUUUAGGUUUUUUUUUUUAACGCAAGUUGAGUUAUUUUCCACACAUAUUGUGUAAGAAAUAACACAGAUAAGUGUUAAAAACAAUGCAAGUUGUUCCUAUGUUCCUUUGCAGAAGAGUGGUUGCUCAAUCCCACUAAAAUAAAAACUGUUUAU